AUGGUUGGAGCCUCGAUUUCGGCAUCUUCGGGAGAAAGAGCUGGUUACAGCAGUGCUUCUGACAUGGUGGGAGCCUCGAGUCCGGCGUCGUCAGGCCAAAGAGCUAGAUUUAAUCAAGAACUCAAAUCUCAACAGCUAGUUACAGCAGUGCUUCUGACAUGGUUGGAGCCUCGAGUCCGGCGUCGUCAGGCCAAAGAAGUGAUUCCAGCAGUGCUUCUGACAUGGUGGGAGCCUCGAGUCCGGCGUCUUCGGGCCAAAGAAGUGAUUCCAGCAGAACUAUGUCUUUCGUACAAGACAAACUUCUUCUUCGUCAUAACCCUGCUGGUUUUUUUGUAUUUUCAAUGUGAUAAUGGACAUUUGGCUUGUUCCUCUUGCUGUCCAAAACUGAGUAACAAAUGCCCAUAUUGUGCUUUGCCUAUUGGCCACAUUCGAAACAGAGCAAUGGAGAGUGUCCUUAGAUCAAUCUCUAUUCCAUGCCCAAACGCCAAGUUUGGUUGCACUAAUAAUGUCUCUUAUGGGUUAGAAUCAACUCAUGUAAAGGAAUGCAGCUUCUCUCGAUGUUCCUGCCCUGCAUUGGACUGCGACUACACUGGCUCCUACAUAAAUGUCUGGAGGCACUAUUGUUAUGGAUCAUGUCCCGCUUCCUCAUAUGAAUCCUUCACAUAUAAUGUAUCCUCUACUGUUCGGAUGAACAUCAGUGAUAAGAUAAAUAUCCAAGUGGAUCAUAUGAAGAUGUUAUUGUUUGCAGUGCAGUGUUUUAGGGAGUCGUACGGUGUGUGUGUAACUGUAAGCUGCAUUGCACCAUCUUCUCCACAUUUAGGAAAGUUCUCAUAUCAUCUCUCAUACACUGUCGAUGGGAACAAUAUGACUAACGAAUCAGCAGACAUGAAGAGGAUUAUUAAAGUGAGUUUUCAAACCCCUCUAGAGAAUUUCAUGUUGAUCCCUCACUCUUCCUUGCGUGGUGAAAUGUUGGAGAUGAAGCUUACCAUCAAGGAGGUCAAUCAAGUGUAACAAAAUAUGGUUUGAUAGGGAAAUUAAGAGAUAUUGCGGUUGCCUGUUCGGCUUAUUUUUUCUUUUUAUUAUCUAUUGAAAAAUCUAUGUAAGUCCUUUCCAAUCGUCUUUAAUUUAUCGAUGUUGCUUCUUCGAUUGUGUUGGUACAAAUUUUGUUAUAUAACCAGAUCGGCCAACAAAACUUGGGCAGUUUUGUAUAUUCUAAGCUUAUAUAUAGACUCAGGAGGAGACUACAAUGAGUUCUCUUGUGGGUAUGGACAUAUGGUAGACUUCAUGUUCAAACUUAUCAUCUUCAGUACUUUACUCUUGAAACUGAUGCUCUCUUGUUACUUCGCAGCUUGCUUAAUCAAAGCACCGUACAUGGCAGAGUUUAAGCAAGCCAUAACCAUAUACUCGAGCUGUUGAACGGAGUACUCUGGUAGUCAGGUUGCCAUUUAUUCAUUUAAAUAGAGUUGUAAAUUUAUUUACAAAUUCGUAAUAAUUACUUUAUUGUAAUUUUUGUCGA